AUGUCAUCGUCUUCCAAGUGGGAGUGGGAGUUCGAGUUCAUCGUUGUCCUUAAUGGCGACCCACUCAGCAUCCAGAGGCUGCCGGACAAGUUCGCCGAGUUCGUCGCUGGCAAUGAGCCGGCCGCGCUGCAGCUUCGGGAGGCUGGCGGCGGUUUCUGCCGGUGGCCGGUGGACGUGCUCCUUGACGGGCGCGAGAAGAUGUACCUCCACACCGGCUGGGAGGAGUUCGCACGCUUCUACGGCCUCCAAGCCGGCUGCGUGCUCACAUUCUCGUACCAAGGCGACGAGCAGGUGAGCGUAAAGGUGUUCGACGGCACGUCCUGCCGCCGGCACUACCACGGCGAUGACAAAGAGGAGGAAGAUUGA